CGGCUGGCGCGGCUCCGCUCCUGUUCUCAGCGCCGCCUUGGUCCCGCUGUCCACCCUGGAUACGGUUUCCGCCCUCGGCGGGAGCGCAGAGUCUCAGACGGACUGGCUUUUUCUUAAUCUUUCGGCCCUCGUUCGCGCUCCUGGUGCCCCUAUGGGGAUUGGCGCGAGUCACCUUGGCGUCUCUUUAGCCCUUGUGCCCCUGGCGUCACCUCUGGCUCUCCCAGGGGUGAUUGCCUUGGCAGAGCCGAACUUGGGCCUCGGAUCUCCGCAGGGGCUCUGUUGGCGCCUUCUGGGCUCAGUCCAGGGACCAGUUUAUGCGGGGAGAACACCGUUCCUAGUGCUGGGCCUCGGUGUUCGAUUUUUUCCGAAGCACCAAAGAUGAUUUACCGCGAGGGCGAUGAGUACCCGGAGAUGUGCAUCCCCGACAGUCUCAGACUAACGCAGCCGGACUUGAAGGAGAAGAAGGAAGUUGUGGAAGAGGCGGAAAAUGGAAGAGACGCCCCUGCUAAUGGGAAUGCGGAGAAUGAGGAAAAUGGGGAGCAGGAGGCUGACAACGAGGUAGAUGAAGAAGAGGAAGAAGGUGGGGAGGAAGAGGAGGAGGAAGAAGAAGGUGAUGGUGAGGAGGAGGAUGGAGAUGAAGAUGAGGAAGCUGAGUCUGCUACGGGCAAGCGGGCAGCUGAAGAUGAUGAGGAUGAUGAUGUCGAUACCAAGAAGCAGAAGACCGACGAGGAUGAUUAGACAGCAAAAAAGGAAAACUUAAACUAAAAACAAAAAAAAAGGCCGCCGUGACCUAUUCACCCUCCACUUCCCGUCUCAGAAUCUAAACGUGGUCACCUUCGAGUAGAGAGGCCGGCCCGCCCGCCCAAUGCGGGCAGUGCCACCUGCAGACGAACGACGCGCUCUCCACUACCCAACCCAAACCAUGAGAAUUUGCAACAGGGGAGGAAAAAAGAACCAAAACUUCCAAGGCCCUGCUUUUUUUCUUAAAAGUACUUUAAAAGGAAAUUUGUUUGUAUUUUUUAUUUACAUUUUAUAUUUUUGUACAUAUUGUUAGGGUCAGCCAUUUUAAUGAUCUCGGAUGACCAAACCAGCCUUCGGAGCGUUCUCUGUCCUACUUCCGACUUUACUUGUGGUGUGACCAUGUUCAUUAUAAUCUCAAAGGAGAAAAAAAAACCUUGUAAAAAAGCGAAAACGACAACAGAAAAACAAUCGUAUUCCGAGCAUUCCAGUACCUUUGUUGUGUAUGUACUUAGCUGUACUAUAAGUAGUUGGUUUGUAUGAGAUGGUUAAAAGGCCAAAGAUUAAAAGGUUUCCUUUUUUUCCUUUUUUGUCUAUGAAGUUGCUGUUUAUUUUUUUUGGCCUGUUUGAUGUAUGUGUGAAACAAUGUUGUCCAACAAUAAACAGGAAUUUUAUUUUGCUGA